AUGGCUGUGACACAGCCAAGGCGUGUAGCUGCAUUAAGUUUGGCUACGCGUGUAGCUGAAGAGAAAAAUUGGCGAAUCGGUAAACAAGUUGGAUAUAUCAUACGUUUUGAAGAAUGUUGGACACCAAAUUCAACCGUCAUCUCAUAUCUUACCGAGGGUAUGAUGAUACAGGAACUGUUGCGUGAUCCGCUUCUCACUCGUUUCCGUGUAAUCAUGUUAGAUGAAGUUCAUGAAAGAUCUUUACAAACAGAUAUUUUGUUGGGUCUUAUUAAGAAAGUAUUACGUAAACGGCCAAUUGACUUGCGAGUUAUAAUCUCUUCUGCUACUUUGGAAGCUGAAAAAUUUAUAGAGUAUUUUUCAAAAAUGAAGAUACCUGAAGUUGAAACCGAAAAUGAAGGGCUAAAAUUAACUCCUGUUUCACAUUUAAAUGUGGAAGGACGUCAAUAUCCUGUGUCCAUAUAUUACUCACUUGAUCCCGUUCCUUGUUAUUUGUUUGCAGCUAAAGAGACUGUUUUUCGGAUACAUGAAACAAAACCAUUAGGUGGUGAUAUACUUGUCUUUGUCACAGGUCAGAAUGAAGUUUCCCAACUGGUUGGCAAUCUAAUUGAAGAAUAUCGGAACCGCAAGGAGCGUUUCUUAAAUAUUCAGCAACAAAGUUCCAAAACAAAGUUACCUACUAACUACCCACCUUUACGUUGCUUACAGCUUCAUGGUUCCCUUCCUCAACAUGAACAGCUCCGUAUUUUUGAACGACCAACUCGGUCUUGUCGUAAAGUUAUUGUGGCCACUAAUGUUGCGGAAGCGUCAGUUACAAUUCCUGGGAUUUCUUAUGUGAUUGAUUGUGGCUUUUCAAGAAUUCGAGCGUAUAAUCCUGUCAAUGGGCUUGAAGCUUUAGUUACUAUACCUACAUCUCAAGCUUCAGCACGUCAGCGUGCUGGUCGAGCCGGACGUACAAGAACUGGACAGGCUUAUCGGCUUUAUACUGAAGAGGCAUAUAAUAAACUCUUGCCACGUUUUACACUACCAGAAUCUUUACGUGUUGAUUUAUCUGGUGCCUUGUUACGCUUAAAAACGCUUGGUAUCGAUCGUUUAGCUCAGUUUGAUUGGCUCGACCCACCACCUGCAUCACAUGUAGGUCAGUCUGCUGAACGACUUGUUGCUUUAGGUGCUCUUGAUGCUAGUUCUGGUCAUCUUACAAUUCCUCGUGGUUUAAAAUUAGCAGAAGUUUCUACAACGUGUGGUUUAGACCAACCUUCAACUGCGGCUGCAUUAUUAGGUGCUUGUGAUGAAGGAUGUUCUCAGGAGAUUGCUGCGAUUGUCUCAUUAAUGCAAAUUCAACGAAUAUUUACGGUUUCUGAUUAUAAACACACAAGUGAUCGUAUUCGUAGGCAGACGUUCGGUUGUCAGCAAGGUGAUCAUUUAACAGAGUUAAAUGCAUUUGUUGCUUAUGAGAACCAAUCAAAAUUAUUGUCAAAGUCGGAACUUCGAACCUGGUGUCGAGAAGUAGGUUUAAAUGAACGUGGGCUAGCUCAUGCAGUUAUACUACGUGAUCGAAUUGGCUCCAUGUUUCAUCGUUUAAAAUUGCCUUGGGUAAAAGCAGAGCCUGAAGGAAAUCCUAAUCCAGUACUAAGGGCGCUUGUUCGCGGAUUUUUUCAUCAAGCUGCUCGUCUCGCUUCAUCUGGUUCACAUUAUUUAACUGUAAGAGGAGAUCAUCAAUUACGCUUACAUCCUAACUGUAUUUUAUACUCGUCUACAACACGGUGGCCUGCUUAUAUCUUAUUUACAAAUGUAUUUCUCACACCUAAUUUAGAUUAUAAUAAUGAUACUAAAUCAAAUAAUAAUAAUAAGAAUGACCUGUCAAGUACUUGUAUCAGUGGUGUCAGUGUUAUACAACCAGAUUGGUUGCUGGAAUUAGCUCCACAUUAUUAUCAAUUCGGUACAGAUAGAGAACAUUUAGAACAUUCUUUAGGAAUAAAAAAGUGA